UGAGGCCUUGGCUUGGAAGAUGUGUGCGGCUCUGAGGUGACUCCAUCACCCCUUCAGAGGCAGGCCCAAGCUGGAGCUCAGUUAAGAUAAAUUUUUGAGCUGAGGACUUGACGUGGCCUGGUCAGAGGACAAGAUCUGUAGGGCUAUACUGUUCUCAGGUACAGUCCUGUGGAGGCUUUUGCUCCAGGCACACACACAGGAUCUGGUUUGCCCUUGUGUGCUAGGAGGCUCUAGUGCUGUGUUUAGCAUCCAGGAGGGACUGCAGCCCCGGGUGAGGAGACCACCCGCCUGGAAGAGGGAGAGGGGCAGGUAACACAGAGCCAGGAAGAUGGGUGUUUGCAGCCUCAGUCCCUCUUAAUUACACACCAAGUGUAUUUGGAGACAAGCCUCAGCAGACAGAAAGCCCCUAGGAUGGCACCGGGCCAUGCUUUGAGCAAUUAGUUUUUCCUUGGCCAGAGGCGGCACCAUUCAAUUAAACCCCAAAUAUUUUGUUUAGCUGCUCUUUUUUGUACAUGCUGUGGGGCUCAGACAAUGGCUAGUACAGCCUGUGGAGGAAGGAAACCACUCUUUCCACCCAACCAGGGAAGUGGCCAAAAAUCCAGCCCAACAAUUGUAGUCCCUUUGAAGUCCAUUUUCAAGCAGAGAGAGCCAGGCCCUUCCAGCAUGAGCAGCUGUGAUGAGAAGUGGCCCUUGCUCCUGUUCUGCGGUGCUCUGGCUGCAGGGGAAGGAGCUCGUGGUGGCCACCAUCCGAGGCAGGAUCCUGGGGCAGGUAGAUGUCGGAUUCCAGUUCCUGCAGACGCACUUCUGGCUUGUGGCCACAUGUUCCUUGAGGGUGAAGGAAGGUGCUGGAGCACUGCUUCCUCCAGGACAUCUCCUGCUCAGAUCGUGCUGCUGCUCUGUCCCAGAAGCAGAUUUCAGAGGGCUUCAGCCAGUGGAAGAAAAUGCAUUAUGUCUGUGAAAUGUGAGGAUACAGCCUCUGCCUCUGGUUCAGCCCUGCACUUGCUGAUAGCAGACAGUAUGGAAGGAUAUACUGCAAAAAAGGACUGAUGGCUUCUUUUUUUCUUAAUCCUUUUGCUCAAGCAUCCUGUGACCAGUAUCGCGGCACGGGGCUGGCCAGGCCUUGGGUCUGACUCUGGCUUUUCCUGUCUUCUGUUCCCAUCUAAUGGCUGUGUGCUCACUGGCCUCCCCUGGGUCAGCCUGGGUGGCACCCAGCACCCUCCCCAUGAGCUGUGGCUGCAGAGGUCUGCCCUUAGGGCCAGAUCCUGUGGCUUUGGCUCUGUACACAUGUAGAGUUGGCUUAUACCUUCUCCUGCUACUUUUCCACCCUCUUGCCUUUCAUGCAAAUCCUCUCAUGCCAAAAGGCUCGCCAGGGAGGGUUUGGGGGUUUGUCUGACCCAGAGAGGGGCUCAGGUUGGGGCUCUGCUGUCUGAUGCUGCAGUCCUUCCCGUGUCCUUCUCAGGGCCCUUCUCUAUCCAGAAAGAAGCAGGGCAAUUGGGAAGGGGUGAUUUUUAUAUUUGCAGGCUGGCCAGCCCCUAUACAUGCUGCCUCCGAGCCUCUCUCUUAUUGCUGCUCACUUCCUGAAAGGAGACUUUUUAGCAUAGCCUCUAGGUCCAGCGCUGCCUGGGUCUGACAGAAGAAGGUUAUUGAGGAAGGCAACGUAAACCCUCAGCCUGGAAACUUUCUGACACCCGCAGGACUGAGGGGGAGAGAAAAGCCUUUGGCUGCUGCUGGGGAAAAGAAGAAGAAAAAAAGAGAAGCUCAAAGAAUUAAAACAGGAAAAAGAAGAAAGAAGGGAAAACGCUAGAAAAGGGGGCAAUGCCACCGAGAACCUUUGAUUUCAAUUAGCCCAUGUUGACACCAUUGCACCAGCCCGGGCACAGCGUGCUGCAAAGACACCGUCAGCCUCACUGCUUUGGAGAGCACGCGGAGUGGCUGAGGAUGCAUGUGGAGGAACUGAGGACUCCUGUCUCUACAUAAGCGGUGGCUGAGAGAGAGACAUGUUGGGACAGCGCCCUUCCAGCUGGCACAAUAGUCCCUGCACUGAGACAAGCGUCGCUAACUAUGGCAAUCGCUUGGAGGCUUCUCAUGUGGACAGUCAUCUUCACCGCAGCCCUCUGCAACUUUCUGGGUUACACGUUCCAGUCGCAAGAGGAGUUCCUCUCCAGCCUCGAUCACUAUGAAAUUGCAUUCCCCGUUCAAGUGGACCAAAACGGGGACUUCCUCACCUUUGACAUGAGGAGCCAGCUGAAGCAACGCCCUCGGCGCAGUCUGGGCUCCUUGCCCUACGAGCCACCUGAGCAGCAGGUUUUCUAUAAAGUCUCUGCCCAUCGAACCCAGUUCCUUCUCAACCUGACACUGCACUCCAACCUGCUGGCUGAGCACUUCACUGUCGAAUACUGGAAGAGAGAUGGUGUGGACUGGCAACAUGAUUUCCACGAGGAUUGCCACUAUGCGGGCCACCUGCAGGAUCAGUACCUGAACUCAAAGGUUGCCAUCAGCAACUGCAACGGACUGCAUGGGGUGAUAGUCGCAGAUGAGGAGGAAUAUUUCAUUGAACCGCUGAGCCCAGGAGCCAACAUCAGCGCAGGGAAUGAGGGCAAAGGCAGCCCCCACGUUGUGUACAAGCGAUCGUCUCUCCAGUACCCACACAUGGAUGCAGCCUGCGGCGUGCUAGAUGAGAAGCCCUGGAAAGGGAGGCACUGGUGGCUGCGGACACUGAAGCCCUCCCCGCUGAAGCCAUCAGGCAACCACAGCCAGCGAGGCCAGCUGCCCCUGAAGAGAUCCGUCAGCACGGAGCGCUACGUGGAGACCCUAGUGGUGGCUGACAAAAUGAUGGUGGGGUAUCACGGCCGGCGGGACAUAGAGCAGUACAUCCUGGCCAUCAUGAAUAUUGUUGCCAAACUUUUCCAGGACUCAAGUCUGGGCAAUAUUGUCAAUAUCCUGGUGACCCGGCUGAUUCUCCUCACUGAGGAUCAGCCCACACUGGAGAUUAACCACCAUGCUGGGAAAUCCCUGGACAGCUUCUGCAAGUGGCAGAAAUCCAUUGUGAACAGGAAUGGCAACGGGAAUGCUAUCCCCGAGAAUGGCAUAGCCAACCACGACACCGCAGUGCUGAUCACCAGAUACGACAUUUGCAUCUACAAGAAUAAGCCCUGCGGCACCCUGGGCCUGGCCCCUGUGGGUGGGAUGUGUGAACGAGAACGAAGCUGCAGCAUCAAUGAGGACAUUGGCCUGGCCACAGCCUUCACCAUUGCCCAUGAGAUUGGCCACACGUUUGGCAUGAAUCAUGAUGGGGUCGGCAACAGCUGUGGCUCCCGUGGGCAAGAAACAGCCAAACUGAUGGCUGCUCACAUCACCAUGAAGACCAACCCAUUUGUAUGGUCUACGUGCAGCCGGGAUUAUAUCACCAGCUUCCUGGACUCUGGGAUGGGAUUAUGCCUGAACAACGCUCCUCCCAAGCAAGACUUUAUCUACCCAACAGUGGCUCCAGGACAGGCCUAUGAUGCAGAUGAGCAGUGCCGUUUCCAGUACGGAGUUAAAUCUCGCCAGUGUAAAUACGGGGAAGUCUGCAGUGAGCUAUGGUGUCUGAGUAAAAGCAACCGCUGCAUAACCAACAGCAUCCCUGCUGCAGAGGGGACCAUAUGCCAAACCAACACCAUUGAAAAGGGGUGGUGCUACAAGAGGGAAUGUGUGCCCUUUGGCACCCGACCACAAGGCGUGGACGGUGCCUGGGGAGCCUGGUCAUCCUGGGGAGAGUGCAGCAGGACGUGUGGUGGAGGCGUAUCAUCAUCCAUUCGCCACUGCGACAGCCCACGGCCCACAAUAGGAGGGAAGUACUGCCUGGGAGAGCGGAAGCGCUACCGGUCCUGUAACACCGACGACUGCCCGCUGGGCUCCCAGGACUUCCGAGAGCUGCAGUGUGCUGAGUUUGAUAAUGUCCCUUUCCGAGGGAAAUACUACACCUGGAAGACAUACCGAGGAGGGGGUGUGAAAGCCUGUUCCCUCAACUGCUUGGCUGAGGGCUUCAACUUCUACACGGAGAGAGCCGCAGCUGUGGUGGAUGGGACGCCGUGCCGGCAGGACUCCAACGACAUCUGUGUCAAUGGGGAGUGCAAGCAUGUGGGCUGUGACCGUGUCCUGGGCUCUGAUGUGAAGGAGGACAAGUGCCGUGUGUGCGGGGGAGACGGCAGUUCCUGCGAGACUGUCGAGGGCGUCUUCAACCAGUCCCUGCCGGAGGGAGGGUAUGAGGAGGUGAUCCAGAUUCCCAAGGGUUCCGUCCACAUUGACAUCCGGGAGCUGAACCUCUCCAUCAACUACCUAGCGCUGAGAGGGGAGAGCGGUGAGUACUACAUCAAUGGGAAGCUCUCCAUCGACCCGCCACGACGCUUCGACAUCGCAGGCACCACAUUCCACUACAGGAGGUCCCCAGACGAGCCUGAGUCCCUGGAGGCCUUGGGACCCACCAAUGUCACCCUCUUUGUCAUGGUCCUCGUGCGGACAGAGCUGCAGGGGAUCCGGUACAAGUUCAACGCACCCAUCAGCAGGGAUGCCUCCAACCAGUACUCCUGGCACUAUACCCCAUGGACCAAAUGCUCAGUGCUGUGUGCAGGAGGCAGCCAGAUCCAGUCCGUCAUAUGCAGGAAACUCUCCGAUAGCUCAACUGUCUCCAACCAUUUCUGCAGCUCUGAAACCAAAAUGCCAGAGCGGCAGAGGCCAUGCAACACCGAGCCAUGCCCCCCGGCCUGGGUGAUUGGGAACUGGUCUGAAUGUAGCCGAAGCUGCAACGAGGGUGUCCGCACGCGCAGUGUCUUCUGCAAGCGUAAGAUCUCUCCCACUGAGGAGAAGACCUUGGAUGAUGCCUCCUGCACCCAGCCAAGGCCAAAGAUGCUUGAGCCUUGCAAUAACCAGACGUGCCCUCCAGAGUGGGUUGCCCUGGACUGGUCUGAGUGCACCCCCAGCUGCGGGCCAGGUUUCCGCCACCGCAUCGUGCUUUGCAAGAGCGGCGACCACAGCACAACACUGCCCACCUCCCAGUGUCCUGAGGGCUCCAAGCCCCCCACCAGCAUGAGGUGCAACCUGCGGCGCUGCCCACCCCCACGCUGGGUGACUGGCGAGUGGGGAGAGUGCUCUGCGCAGUGCGGCCUUGGCCAGCAGAGGCGAUCCGUCCAGUGCCUGGCUCACACGGGGCAGCCGUCUGGUGACUGCCUGGAAACCCUGCAGCCUCCUGGCAUGCAGCAGUGCGAGACCAAGUGCGAGUCAGGACCCACGGACAACCCUGAAGAGUGCAAGGAUGUGAACAAGGUGGCCUACUGCCCGCUUGUCCUGAAGUUCAAGUUCUGCAGCCGGACGUACUUCCGACAGAUGUGCUGUAAAACAUGCCAGGGGCACUAGGAACGUGGUGACCCUGUGGGAAAACUGGAAGGCAAGAGCUGCGCCGAAGGGCCGCCGAGCCGGGCUCUUCCUCUCACCCUGGGAACCUUCCCUGGGUCCAACACAGACACUGGUCGUGCUUCCGGUGGGAGCCGGCAUCACCCCACCUGUCCCCCAAAGACACGCACCCUUCGCCCCUGAGCAUCCCAAUGGCAGAUCCCAGUUAAACCACUGCUGGCUACUGCAGAGACCAUGGCCAAGCACUAGAGGAGCCGGUCACCAUGGUGGGAGAGGGAGAAGCUGGGCAGAGCGCGGCAGCAAGGACAUUACUUGAAAUUCUGAUACUGUUAUUUAUUUAGUAGCGGACCCAGGUCCUGCAGGCGCCAAGGCGGUACCACUCGCCCUGCUCCUGCCUCAUCCUACUCUGCUUCACGUCCCAAGGGCAGCGCGAGCCAUCCCUGGGUGCCGCUGCCUUUCCCAGAGGAGACAGAGAGGAGUUUUCAGGUGCCAUGGGUGAUGUGAUGAGCGUGGUUUGUAGCCAUCAGCUUCUGGGUGAAGGACGAAGACAAGCUGCCAUGGGGAGUGGGGUGGGAGCAUGGAUAUUUGCUUCAUUUGCAUCCUGUCACCUUGGGACCUGCAGCAGGUGAUGGAGAACAGGUCACUCAGUGAGUAGAGCGGUGACACCAGUUUAACUGGGAGAGGGAGUCACUCAAACUCCCUUCACAUCCUACUUUGACUGGGGCGUCCCCGUAUUUUUCCUAAAAGGCCCUUAUCACUAUUAUGACUGUUUUUCCUUUUGAAGACACCUCAAAGUGUGAGCUGAGGUCAGGGCUGAGGCAUGCUUGGGGUCACACAGUCAACAGGGUGUUGAGGCUGUGCUGGGCUGCAGGAAGCAAAGCCAGGGAAGAUGCUAGAGAACUGUCCUGGUCACAGCAUCCCCACUGCCAAGCCAUAAAUUGGGAGCAGUCUGUGCCCAGUCCUGGCUGGGCCCUCCCCAGGGAAUGCCACGGCCUCCCAAGGGUGCUCUGCCUCUAAGGGUGUUCUGUCCUCUAUGGUGCUUUGCCUCCAAGGGUGCUCUGCCUCCAAAGGCAGCCUCACUGCGUGCAGCUGUGGCCUCAGGGUACCAGUUCCAGUGCCAUGCCAUUGCCCCCAGGAGACCUCCAGUAAUGGGAAAAGAGCAGGCUUGACAUUCCUCCAGGUCACCUUCUGGCCUGAUCUGGGCCAACACACAUCUCCAAUGGGCCACUGCAGCCUGCCAGAGGAGACCUGAAUUUGCAACGUACUAAGUAUGUGCUUAUUGUUACUCUUACUAUUUUGGGGCCUUUCUGCAUCACAAAGAGGAGAAACCUUGUCCCAGGCCAGGUUCUGUUCCCUUUGGGGGUCAUCCUCAGGGUGCAGGGUCAAGAUCAGCCCUCUUUCCCCAGAGCAAGCCUCUCCACCCUGCCAGCCCUGAUGUGUUACUCUACCGUCUGUAUUUUACCCGCUCAUCAGCCGAUUGCAGCUUCUCUGGUGCUCAGCAAAUCCCCUUUGGCUGGCAAGCGGGCAUUAAUUUGUCUUCCUUCCCAGUGCAAUGCUCCAUUCUGACAUUUUGGGAGGGGGUGUUUUCACCUUUUUAUAUAGAUAUAUAUAAUGAAAAAUGUUUAAAAUACUAACUCUAAGGAGGAGCGACGUAACGGCAUGAUUUAUAAUAAAGGAGUAGCUACAAUCCCAGGCGCA